AAAUUGAUUGACAUUUGACUUAUAAAAGAAGAAAUAUAAUUUCCAAUAUUUUGAAAUGGUUUAUUCCAGUUUACAUUUUUUCUUUAUUUCUCUAUUUUAUGAGCGAUAAUCAUGGGUGUUCACGGCCUUUGGAAGCUCAUAGAACCUUCAGGUAAACCGAUACCCGUCGAAACGCUCGAAAACAAAGUUCUCGCAGUAGAUGUAUCAAUAUGGCUCCAUCAAGCAAUUAAGGGAUUUCGCGACAACAAGGGUGCAUCGGUAUCAAACGCUCAUCUACUGGGAAUCUACCAUCGGGUGUGCAAGUUGCUCUAUUUCAAAAUAAAACCUGUGUUUAUAUUCGAUGGGGGCGUACCAGCUUUGAAAAGACAAACUAUAGCGAAAAGAAAUCACCUCAAGUCUAAAAACGUUUCCGAAGCAGACGACAUUCAAAGGCAAUUAAUAAGCACACUUUUAAAACACACCGCAAUUUCUAGAGUGUUAUCGGAAACAACCAAAGCUUCUUUACCGUUACCGAAAAAAUCAACAAACAAACACGAUAACCUCUAUGAGCUUCCGUCUAUAGCAACAGUCGAAGAUUCUUCUUCAGAAGAUGAAGUUGAUAAUAAAGAUUUACCCGAUAGUACAACAGACUCAGACACAAGUCCUAAUAAACAAUUUGAUCUACACACAAUCGAUACAACCAGCAGUUACUUCAAAUCGUUACCUCUUGAUGUUAAACACGAAGUACUCACCGAUCUAAUAGAAACGAGGAAGCAGAAUUCUUGGGCUAAACUCCACCAGUUUCCUAAACAAAGCGACGAUUUCUCUUCAUAUCAAAUGAACAGGUUGUUGAAACGAAAAGAGGUUCAAUCAGCCCUAGACGAUGUAUCAAAAGAAAUGGGAGGAAUGUCUUUGUCUCUAGCUGAAUUAGAAUCGUUAUUGAAAGAUCAAGGCGUAGAAAUAACUAGCGGUAAGAAAAUAGCUUCAGAUGAACACACGAGGUACUUGUACAUCAAGAAUUUGCAAGAAGAAAUUAAGCGAGCGGAAAAAGAAAAAAAUCAAUCGAGCAGUAAUAACAUCGAAGAAGAUAAGAAAAUAACUAAAGCCGAUUUAGAAGAAGAGGAAGAUUUGAGGAGAGCAAUUCAAAUGAGCCUCGAAGACACCCCUUCGACUUCUACGAAUAACGAAACAUCUAUACCUAUUAGCGGUGAUAUUGGUGAUGAUUCUGAUGAAGAGCUUGUGGAAGUGGUCAAGACUAAUAAAUCUAAGACGUUAUCAUCUGCGCAAAGUUACAUGCUUGAAUAUAGCGGUUUGAGCCGUAAUGAGGUUAAUAAAAUAAUUAAUAGUAACGUCAAGAAGCUUCCUACGAUAAACGAAAGCGUAGAAGAAAAUAGUCUACCCAAACUUGCAGAUUCUGUAUGUUCAGUAGAUGAUAAUGAAGUUGAAUUUAUAUCGGAAAGUAGCUCAUCAGAGGAUGAAAUGCCCGCGCCCAAAAGUAGCUUAGAAAUAUUUAUAGAUCCCAAUCAGAAAGGUGAAAUCGAUAAUUUAUUCAGUGAUAUAUUCGAUUCGGAGGAAAAAGAUGAUGAUGAAUCGAAUAAAAAAGAGCAAAUUAGUACUACAGAAGAAAAAUUAGUCGAAGAAUCAACUGAAGAAAGUCGAAAGAGUGCCACGAAAGAAAAAUUGGCCGAAGAAUCAGCGGAAAUAAUUGUUGUAGAAGAAAAAUCAGUUGAAGAAAAUGUUGAAAAAGGUCCCUUUAAAUCGGCAAAUAAUAAUAAAUUUAUCACCACAGAAAUAAUGCACAAAACUAAAGAAAAAUUAACCAAUACUUCGACUAAUACAAGCAUUAAAACUUCUAUCGAACAAGCACCAAUCAGCAAAUCAUCAACUGAUCAGCACCUAAUUGAAGAAAAUGAAACAGUCAAACAAAACUUACCAAACGAAAGCAACGAAAAUAAUCCUAUGGAACCGGAAAAUAACAGUAAAGUAUCCAUCAUACAGUCACCAUGUAACCAGCAAACACAAAUCAUCAAUCCACCAGCACCAAAAUUAACCAACGAAGAAAUGAAACAACUCCAAGAUAACCUUCAAACUGAACAAAUCGAUCUUCUCAAAUCGAAGAGCUCCAAGGAGAGGAUAGCCGGUAACAUAACCGAUCAAAUGUACCAGGAAGCUCAGGAGCUUUUAGAGCUCUUUGGGGUACCCUAUGUCGUAGCCCCGAUGGAAGCCGAGGCUCAAUGCGCCUUCUUAGAUUUAAUCGAACUCACAGACGGUACAAUAACCGAUGACAGUGACAUAUGGUUGUUCGGAGGGCGUACGGUUUACAAGAAUUUCUUCAACCAAAACAAGUACGUAAUGGAGUUCAAAUCGGAGAAUAUAGAGCACGAUUUCAAGUUGAGCAGGCAUCAGAUGAUUUUGUUGGCUCUAUUAGUCGGUAGCGAUUACACUACUGGUGUGCAAGGAGUCGGGCCGGUUACCGGUUUGGAAAUCUUGUCCAGUUUUCCUUAUUCAAAAUGUGAACCUUACCAUGAGCUGGUAACCGGUUUGAGAGAGUUUAAAGCGUGGCUUACGAAAGGAAGAGGCGGCCGUUUGGGGCUGAAGAACAAGCUGAAGAAUGUGACGUUUUCGGAUAAUUUCCCCAGUUCGCAAGUGGUAGAGGCUUACUUGGAGCCCAAAGUGGAUACCUGUCGUGACGCGUUUUCUUGGAGCAGGCCGGAUGUAACCGGUUUGACUGUGUUCGCAAGAGAAAAGUUCGGUUGGACUUCGUUGAAGGCGGAAGAAAUACUCACACCUGUUAUAAAGAAAAUUGAUGAGAAUAAAGCGCAGAAAUCCAUCAAAGACUAUUUCAAAACUAAGUUUGUGCACAAACCGGUGAGCUUGGAAGGUAGAGUCAGCAAAAGAGUGAAAACUGCUGUCGAUAGAAUAGGGAAGAAUCCUCAAGAACUUGCAGAAGAAGACAUGGCAGAUGUGAAAAAAACCAAACGAAAGAGCAGCAAAAAAAAUGUUGGUAACAAUUCAGAAACGUGUAAUGAAACGGAUAAAGAAACGGAGCCUAAGAAACGUCGAAAGAGCAAAACCGAAACCUGUAAUGAAACUGAUAAAGAAACAGAGCCUAAGAAAGGCCGAAAGAACAAAACUGAAUCCAGUAAUGAAACUGAUAAAGAAACAGAGCCUAAGAAACGUCGAAAGAACAAACCCGACACAAAACCAUUAGAGGAAAUGAAGGAUCUGAAAGACUACCAAACAAUAGCCAAGGAAUUGAAAGAAAGAAGAAAACGAACACAACUCGCUCAAAGUGCAACAGAUCUCGCUAAGAAAAAGAGAAAAAUCCCAGCAAAAACCUCCGAAAUCGUACCAAACGAGCUGAAACAGGACGACGAGGUUCGAUUAUUGGAAGCUACGACUUCACAAUCCAACAAACGAAUGCAGGAAAUACAAAAAGAAAUCGCACAAACGUUAGAAAAAAAGACAUUGAAAACCAGCAGUCCCAGUUUGCAUACAAAAGAAAUUAUUCAUCAAAAACUGAAGGAUAAAUCGGACUGUUUGAGGAACAAACUGAAAGCAAUAGAGACUUAUAGGAAAUCGAAAAAGGGGCCUGGAUAUGUCCCGAAGAAAGCGAAAACUACGGUAGCACCCAAAGAAGAUGCUGAUCUAUCUGAAGAUAGUGAUUAAUGAAUAUAAUUGGUUAAUAAAGUUGAUAUUAACAUUGCUCAGGUAUACGAAUUGUCUAUAAGAUACAAGAAAUGCCAAAUUUGUAAAGCAUUAAUAAAUAGGUAUUACAUCGUAUUAUAAGAGUAUUGAUAAAAUUCACCCUGUAUAUACAGAUUAUUUUAAAUAAAAUGUUGUUAAUCAGGAAUAUUUUACUGUUAAAUAUAAUGAUACAAUGAGAAUUGUUGAUUUAUUAUAAAUGAAUACAUUUUUCGAAUAACUAAACCAUCACAAUGUAAUUGAAGUAUUCUAUGGAAAUUUUAAAUGAAAUAAUUUUGAAAAUUAUAAAAACCUUAAAAAUACUUACAUCGUUAAUUAAUGAUAUUUAAAAAUAGUUGGACACAAAUCACAUUAAUAUUUGUUUUGAACGUUCAAGUAUAAAUAAUUAAGUUCCGAGUUUCUACAGCGAAAUUUUAUUGCAGGAUAAUGAAAAACGAAAAAUUUUCUAAACCUUGACAAAACCAUCCCACAGAUAAAUUCCACUAUUUAAAAAAUGAAAUACUGCGAAUAGUUUAAAUUAAAAUAAAUCAUUUUUUUUUGUUCAAUUUACUAGAAAAUCCCCGACAGACAAGAAAUCGAAUUUGCUCUUAAAAAAACUCAAACAACAAACAAUUAAAUAAAACAAGAUCUUCAGAAGCGGCACUGAAAAAUUGAAUUUAAACUUACUCUAAUUGUUUCACUUUAUCAAUAAUUCGCCCGUCAGUAUUUCCACGACCAUUUUCUGCCUGAAGUACGGCAUGUGCUCCUGGUUGAAGGUGAUCUUCGCGUUUCUCGUGAUAAAUUCGGCGAACGUGCAGGAGAACAUUCCGCAAUCGCUGCCGUUCAUCUGCUGAGGAAUGUCCGAAACAUUUUCCAAUACAAACUCGGAUGUAUCGUAAUGAGAUUUCUUCUUGUCCAUGUGUUCGGCAUCUAAAUAAUUCCUCAAAGCCUCCAAGCACUUGUCAUUCUUGCUACCCAUACUGUCGUAAUAC